CCUGCUCCUGUGUGUGAGCGCAGAUGAUUUUGAAAACAAAUCGUAGUGAUAAUCUAUGUAUUUAUGCGUUGUGCCUUCAUUAAAAUAGUUCCCGUUGGCUCCUGCAAGUGUGUUAGUGAAUGUGCUACGCAUGUUUGUCACUCAAAUUAUUUAAUCAGGUCAUAGUGAUGUGGGUAAUUCAUUUCUCAGUGAGUCAUUCUAGUUUUUGUUUGUGUUGCGCUUAAACUGGAUACUACAACAAUGAUAUCUGUCGUUUUAAAAUAGUAAUUUCGUGAUAGUGGCCUCGCGUUAAGUCAAAGUGAUGGAUAUACCGCCGGUGCCGAAGCCCAGGAGUGCAUUUUUGCCUCCUGCAGAGCUCAUGACACGUCCCGUGCCAGUCCCUCGCACCAAGCUGCCGCAGCCGACCGACCGGGUUACCGCGUCUGACAUAUUCAAGUCCAUAAGUACAGUUUCUAAGCAACUGUCGGAUGAUGUCGCAUUGAAAGUGAGUAAUUCUGCAAAAACUGCCAACGAAAAGUUGGAAAGGUCAAUCCAGGACGGCUCCAAGUUUGCUAAAGAUACAUUAGAGAAAACUCUGACGACAUCUCGGGCUGUGCGCAACUCGGUUACUAAGUCUGUGAUAGAAGGAACCAGAACGGCCGGGCUCAGGCUUAGACGGACAAAGAAACCAGACAGUCUCGAUGAAACUGAUCCUCAAAGAUGUGUCUCAAUGCCAGCUGUUGAUGUAAGCUUGUUUGAAAAUUUACAAUUCAACUCUCCUCUGCUGGAACAAAAGAGGUUCCACAAUGAUGGAGUGGCUGCACAGAACAUCCAAGAUCAUCCCAACAUGCAUUUAAAUACUACAAAUUUUGAUGAUUUGUCCCUGUUCUCCAGUAAUUCAGAUAAUACUGAUUCUGUGAGUAGUUUCUCAUAUGACAUGAGCAGAGAUUUUGAACAAAAUGCCUCCAGUUUAACUUUAGAAAGUGAGCAGAUGACUUAUGACAUUCCAAAACCAUCCAGGACUAACAGUGUAGUUAGUUCCAUGAGCUCCACAUCAAUCGGUUCUAGUCCAGACAUCCCAGAGAGAAGGAAAAAGAGAGAAACAGCGUCCAUAGAAGUUAUGAAAAAGAAUUCUAUGUAUGAGAAUUGGACAUUGCCAUUUCAAUCUUCAACCAGAGCAAAAACUCCUACAAAAGAAGAGUUAACAAAUAAUGAACCAAAAAAAGCCAGUAAAAGUACAAUAUAUGAGUUUGAUCCGCUGCAAUCAAGUACAUCAACACAAAAGUAUGAUGGAGUGAGCAAUGAGUUGAUAUUACUUGAAUCCUUCUUGAUUGGUGACACUUAUGGCACUAUUGUGGCUUCAGAUAACACAGAUGAUACCUUUGAGUUUUAUGAAAGUGAAUAUUUUAAUCCACCAACCCCACCAGAGCGUUCAGAUAGUCUUUUCAAUGACACAAAGCCAACCAAGUUAACUGUAGUAGAUAAAGAUAGAAAUUCUAAUUGGUUUGUCGCAACUGAUGCUGAGACAAAGUCUCUAGCUGAAGAUGAUGCAAAACCAACUAAUUCUGUAAUGCAGAAGUUCUCUCAUAUGCUUAAGUUUGAAAAACUAAAUAAGUCAACAAAGCCUGCACCGCAGAAAGUUGAAUGUGUUGAGCGGCCUCCGGUGAACACAUUACCAGUACCUUACUUCAGUGGUAUGCUGACAAGGAUUGUAUCAGGAGUUGUUGAAGACCUGUUUAAAAAUUCACAGACUCGGUACUGUGUACUGUCUGAUCAAAAGAUGAUGUGUUACUCAGAUCCUACAAACUCAAUAUUGAAAGAAGCUUACACUUUGGAUAAUAUUUACUCCGUCCAAAUUGUGCUGCCGCUGUCUUCUAGCACAACAAGCAACUCGUAUUGUUUCGAGCUGUUGGUGUGCUCCGGGGGCAUGAGGAGUUCUCCUCGCAAGAUCCUGUUCAGCUGCGCGAGCGCGUCGGAGCGACGCAACUGGGCGCAGAAGAUCGCAGAACAUCUGACCUGUGGCUUUGCGACCAAGUAUACUUCAGAGUUCACUAGGUGCGGCUGGUGUUAUUUGAAGGAGGGAGUGACGGGCGAGUGGCGCGGCGCCUGGGUGAUGCUCAUCCGUCGAGUGAUGGUCUACUACACUACCAAAGACCCCACCGUUUGCACCGUGGACCUAAGAAAGACGAGAUGCGUCGUGACUCAGGAGGCCGAUGAAGACACGAAGGCGACAUGUCCAACUGACGGCAGUGACAACCUACUUCUGGACUGCCCUCACGCUACCCUCUACCUACGAUUCCCGCACGAGAGGGAACUUAAAGGUUGGCGUUAUAUGGUGAAGCUGGCAGCUCACAACAAUGGCGCUCACAUUCACCACCAACAGCUCACCAAGGAAGAUGUACCGGCUAUCGUCGAUAAAUGCCUUAGCUUUAUUUAUGCACAUGGCAGUCUGUCGGAAGGCAUCUACCGACGCGCCGGCAGCAGCUCGGUGCUGUCGGAGCUACUCGCGAGGUUCCGCAGAGACGCAUGGUCCGUGCAGCUCAGCUCCACGCAACAUUCCGAACACGACGUCACUGGGGUGCUUAAGAGAUUUUUCCGCGAUCUUCCUGAACCUUUAGUGCCGCAAGAAAAACAUAAGGACUUGAUCUCAGCAUUAGAAUUAUCAGACGAAACCGCUCGUCACCACGAGUACCACAAGAUCAUGUGCUCCCUGCCUCUGGUGGCGCGGAAUACGGCGCGCAAAUUGUUCGCACACUUGCACUUCUUGCAUACAAUGGCGCACGCCAAUAAGAUGGGCGCUGAUAACCUGGCGUCCGUAUGGGCGCCCACUAUCAUGCCAGCUGCGAUGACUAGCAACACCUUACAAACUGCUUGGUCUACCAAAGAGGUGUUCGUUGUUCGUGAUCUGAUCGCCAACUUCGAGUCUAUAUGGGAGCCGACGGAGGCCGAGAAACGGCGCGAAGCGGCGGUGCGGCGCGUCAUCAUGCGAGUCCUGAGCAACUCGGCACCCACCGCGCCUAAGGCCGCCGGGGACCUCAGAACAUGGGUCUAUGUACUCGAUAAGUCUACGUGCCAUCAAAUUACUCUGACGCCAAACAAAACCAGCUCGGACAUUUGCAUAGAGCUCUGCGAGAAAGCGAAAACCGAGUCCCACCUGCUCAUGUUAGAAGAGGUGAUAUGCAACGACUCAAUGCGCCGUAUCGUUCACAUCGACGAAAUAGUUCUGGACGUCGUGUUGAGAUGGAGCUACUGGGACGAGGAUGAUAGGAAACACAACUAUUUAGUAGUAACACAGAAUAAAUUGCUCCAUGAUAUGGAAGCGAUGAGGAGCACGACGUCUGUGUGCGGCGAACUGAGGCUCGCGACCGAAGCUAUGAAGUCCUUCAAGCUGCACAUGUUUGAGGUGCAGAAUUCGAGGCUGUGUUAUUUUAAGGAUAAACAGGGUUCGCACAAGAUUGAGGAGUGGAAGAUCAAAGACAUCCUGUGGUACAUCGGUCACGAGCCGAAGAGGAACCCGCAGUCCCGAUGGGCCAUCACCUUUAUACCUAGGAAUAAACAGAAACGGAGUAAAGAUAAGCCAUGGUUUGGUUGCACGAUAGCGGGCGCGGUGACGGAAGACCAACUGAAGUGGAUGACGGCGCUAAUGUUCGCGGAACAUUCCACAAUACUGCCGACCCCUAGACUGGUUAUCACGUAGCCGGAUUAAUGAACGAACAGUGGGGAAAGCAGUGUUCUACAAAUAUUCCUACUGGUCAACGUUAUGAAAAGGAAAAAGGAGCUCCAAGACUGAACUACUUUCUCUACUUCCAUGAAAUUAAUAUUGUGUAAAAAUAGUCAUUACAAAGUUUUAAAUACUUACGAUGAGCUGCACUAUUGAACUACAACCAUAACCGAAACUUUUAAAAUAGUUAAAUCGGCUAUUUGACCGAUGGGCGGAAAGUAUACGGCUGGUUAUAGUUUGAUUAUCGUUUUAGUUAAAUGGUGGAGCUUCUUAUUAUAUCAAAAUAGCAGAGUUUUUAUAUAGUAUAUUAAACUAACUAUCACGCCAUCUCUGAGGGUGAUUAACACAAAUACAUUUAUUAUGAAGAUAAUUUUUGAGACUAUUUCAACGUACGGUGAAUACUUCAAACUUUAACGUAAUCUGAUAAACUUUUCAAUAAGAAAUAUGCAUUUGAAUUGAAAGAGCUUUCGGAGUUAAACACGGUCAUCAGAAAUUGCUUUGAGGCAUAUUACCACCACGGUCGGUGAGAUCCGCAUAUCGAAUAUUAACUAAAAAACAUCAAACAACCAUUUUAUAUUCGAAUUUUCAGAUACCAGUUGCAGCAUUCACCUAAACAGUAAUAAUUGAUCAGUACCUAUCUAUGUCUAUUAACAUAAAUUGUAUGAUAACACUUCCAAAUUAUAGUUAAGUUAAAAUAUCGAUAUAUAAAUUCACAAUGUUCCUUAAAAUGUAUUUAAGACAAUGCAGUUGCACUAUGCAUAUACGAGUAAUAAACACUUGCCUUUUUAGCAAUAAGAACUUAAAAAUACAAAAAAAUAGGAAAAUAUGUCUGACUAGGUAACAUAACCUCAGUACAGGUACUUGAGAGUGUAAAUAGACUAAUAUAAAAAAACUAUAAUAUUAUUGUCCAAAAAAGACAGAACACUGUUGAAAUACGAUAUAUUUUCAAAAUUAACACCAAGGCUAGGGCCCGGUUUCACUGGUUAACUAUAAAAUCCUAUCAGAUAUCGCUAUCCGAGGCCUGUGAAACCUAACCUUUUUAUUUGUCAUAUAAAUUGCUUAUCGGCUUCAGAAACCGGUGAAAGUGGCAUUGAGAGUACCAUUUAACCAUAAUGAUAACCAAACUGUAACCAGCCGUACACUUGCAGCUCAUUGGUCAAAGAGGUGAUUUGACAACUGAAAAUGGUUCGGUUAUCGUUAUAGUUAAAUGGUACAAAUGCGCCGUUACACUACAUUUCGUUUAGCUAACAACACCGCAUAAGUCAUUUUUGACAACUUUACAGGAGACGAAAAAAACUGUGUAUUUUUUAAAAGGCCAACCGACUUGCGCGCUGUCACUACUUUUCGAAUUACGGCAUUUGAUUGGUCGAAAUCUAUAUCAUGUGACCAAUGGUUAGACGCGCAGUGAGCGAAUCUAUCCAAAGGCAUUUAAAUGUGAAAACCGCCAAUUUUCGACUUGAGCGGUGUUGUAAGCUAAGGGACGAUUUGUCAAACAUCUAACUUUUUGAUUGUGAAUGCUUUACCAAUGUUAUUAGAAUAAACACCUUGAUUUGUAAAUACUUAGAGAUAAGAACGCAAAUGAAUUAUAAUAUAUGAAUUACCCAUGUAAUAGUACAACUCUAGACUACAAGGAUUUUUAUGGAUUACCUUUGAAUCUCUUCAAUUAAUAGAUUUAUACGAAAAGAGAUUUUAUUGAAUGGUGUCGGGAUAGAUACAUAUUUUUAUUUUCUUUUUGAGUUGAAAUGUUAUGAAACCAUAUAAAUGUCGUGAUAUUUUUAACUGUAUGUAUAGUGAGUAAUGUUAUGCAUGCAAUAGAAUUCUGUGGUUAAUACAUGUGAUAAGCGCAGGCGCAUAAAUUCUCAAACCGUAUUUGUGUAACAAAAAAAUAUGUAAAAUCGUUGGUGUACGCACUGUGUUGCAUAAUUAGUUUCAAACACAACGGCGUUACUUAUGCGCUAGUGGAUGAUCGCGAAAUGUCCACAAGUGCGCUAAAUAUGUCGUUUCAUAACACAUCUUACUUUGUUAACAUACAACGCUUCUUAAAAAUGCAUCUUGCUACUAUCCAAUAAUAUAGGAUUCCUGAUUUAUUAAACUUGCUGUGUACGACAUCCAACUAAGAAUGGCUCGAAGUUAAUGAGGCUAGAAUAAUAUGUGAAUUUUGUCUUAAUGCACGCAAACAUUACACAACAAACACAAGAAUUUAAUAGAUUUAGUACGUUUUUGCCGUAAAAGCGCAACUUUAGGUGCUAUCUAUAGACUAGUAAAUCAUAGUAUAGUGUAUUAAAAUGAUGUGUGUAUAGUAGUUUCCUACUUAUUACAAAUAAUGAUAAAUAUCUGCAUAGCAAAUAUAACCACUCCAUGGUAACAGUAGAAACGGAAUAAAAUUAUAAUACAGUAGGAUAAGAGGCUUUUGUGAAACUUAUUAAAACGGACUGAAUACAUGAAAUACGUCUGGCCCUAAAUAUUUAAGCUUGUCAAGUAUUUUAGUACAGAAAACUAUUAUAAUUUCAGCAUAGUGGAAACCUAGCCACUGCAAAUAGAAAAUGUAAAGUAUUCUUAAAAAACGUUUAGUGCAUGAAAUAUACUUAUUUAAAAAUUAUGAGUUACGUAGUAUUUUUUAUUUGUGAUAAGAUUUCGUAAUAAGUUGUAACAUGAAGUAAGUGUAACAAUCAAUUGUAACAUUUUGUAUAUGUAUGAUAAUGCUCAAAUAAAUGCGUUUUAAAUA